AUGAAGCGACUUCAGGUGCACAAACAGACCCGUCUAUGCCGAUUCUUUGUAGUGGGCGCGUGCACUCGUGGUGAGGCAUGUGCCUUCGCACAUGGGAAAGAGAAGCUGAAGCAACAGCCAGACUUCUCCAAGACGAGGUUGUGCGCAGACUUUGUGGAACUUGGCAGUUGCAUGGAAGGAGAUCGAUGCAAGUUUGCGCAUGGCAGGUGCGAGCUGCGCCCAGGAUCAGCGCCCAAAAUUGGUCGACCAUCCAAGAAGGAGACCAAAGAUAUUCCAAGGAAGCAACAGGAGGACAAGGACUCCGCAUCCAUCAAAGCGGCACAAAUUAUCCAGCUCCGACACUCCUUGCAUUCCCAGGCUGCAUUGAAGCUCUUGAUGGAUUCGGCCAGCCGUGCGCCAUCUAAAAAGGCUCAAGAGCAGCCAGACUUGGAGGAUGUAUCAACCUCCUUCAGCCGGCAGACCACCUGGGAAGGCAUCGACACGGCCUCAGCGGCCUUCAGCCGGGGCACUUCUUCCUCCAGCCAAUCUUGGGAGCCUAUGUGCCAGAAGCUCCCCGAACUCGGAAGUGAAUGGCAAGUGCAGGUGAAGAAUACCUUCAUUGAAGCCAGCGACAGCGAUGAGAGCGAUAUUGAGGACCAAGGUGUCCUGCGCCGCACUCACUCAGUGCCCCUUUUCUAA